GUGUGGAGUACCCCCUAAGGAUGAGACUUGCUGCCUUGUGCAACUUCGGCAGUGUUAUAAUUAUCAGAAGGAUACGAAGAUCAUCAACUAGGUCUGAUUCGGUGAGGGCUUGAACGAGGAAGGGCCUGGGAGCCAUUGUUCAGUUUUGGCUGCGCGGUUUCUGCUGGUCUCGUGGGACGUAGCAAGUGCCCUGGUGUUGGAAAAAUAUAAAUACCCUAUCAAGAUUCCUCUAUUUUUCUGUCUAUCGGCAUCUUCUUGCACAUCCUUGACUACUACAAUCAAACUACGUUCGACUCUUUCAUCUCUACACCAUGAAGUCUUUCGGUCUCUUCGGCACUCUAGUUGCCUCUGCCUUGCUUCCCGCAACUCAAGCAACCUGGUGUCAAUUCUUCUACGACAGCGGCUGUUCAAACAGCGCCAACGGCAAAACCAACUUCGAUUGUGCCAACCACAAUGUCUUCGGAAGCGGCGGAGGCUUCGCCAAGUGCCAUGGCACGAAAGCAAGCAAGCAAUCAUGCUUGAUCCAUCGAUGCUCUGACGGGUCAUGUUCAAACAGUGAAACAUUUAACGUCGCUUCGGACCAGGCCUGUGUCAACAUGGGGGGCGCGGGGCCAUACUAUCAAAUAUAUUUCGCCUAAAGUCUCACGGUUAAUAACAUUGUGUAUUAUUCAGUGGAGAAGUCUCAAACACUAUAGAUUUAUACACUCACAAAAGAAAUACGGAAGCUUAUGUGGGGAGGGAGAGCCAGGUAUCUAGGUAGUUGUAUGCUACAAUUUACCUAGAGUUGUUCUUUUUCAUUGCUGUGUCUAAAUUACUUGGUCUAAAUGCGAA